AUGAAAGUCAUGGAGAAAAAUGUGAUGCGUCUGGUGGCUGUGCAACACCUCCGCGCAGUGUAUGGGAUAAAGACAAAGAACUGGAACAAAAACAAAGCCAGCUGUAAGUCAACAGCCAGCCACUCGACACAAGUUUUCGGGCUUUCACUGGAGAACUUACCAUACUACAAUAUGGAAUGUGGGAGCGUGCCAAGCUUCCUGGUCGACUCGUGUAUGAUGCUGCUGGCACAUGUGGACACAGAGGGCCUGUUCAGAAAAUCGGGCUCUGUCAUCCGCCUGAAAGCACUCAGGGCAAAACUGGAUGCGGGUGAGGAGUGUCUGUCCACUGCACUUCCCUGUGACGUAGCCGGUCUGGUGAAGCAGUUCUUCAGGGAGCUGCCGGAGCCUGUUCUACCCACAGAGCUGCAGGAGGCCUUUCUCAAGGCCCAGCAGCUCCCCACAGAGGAGGAUAGGACCUCUGCCACCAUGCUGCUGUCUUGCGUACUACCCGACAAAAACCUGAGCAUCCUGCGUCACUUUUUGGACUUCCUCCACAAUGUGUCUAUGAGGAGUGCAGAGAAUAAGAUGGAUAGCAGUAACCUGUCUGUGAUCUUGGCUCCCAACAUCCUUCAUGCUGGAGACGGUACAGAGAAGAUGAACGCCAACACUGAGAGACGCCUUAAGCUACAGGCAGCUAUAGUACACUGCUUCAUAGAGAACGCCCACAUCUUUGGUGUGUUGCCACAGUUUCUUCUCGAGAAAGUUCCAGCCAUGAUGGGCUGUGAGGCGGGGGUUCUGUCCCCUACUUACGACAGACUUGAGGAGCUGGACAUAAACUCAGGGAUGAAGAAGAGACACAGACGCAGCUUUGGAGUCUUUUCUUCUGCCACUCCUGUGAUUGCAACCCCGACCUCAAAGCGAAAGCUUCCUGUGGAAUCCGGUCACUCGUUUGGAUUCUCAAACAAGAAACGUAGAUCUGUCAAAAAGACCCUUGGGAUAGAUUUACUUCCCAAUACUUUGUUCAGCGCGGCCUCCACACCUGGAUCAGCCUACAGUGCUUCUGGGGUCUUGGACUCUUCCCAAAAUACCCACGAGUCAGCAGGGAAGUCUAGAAAGCAGUCAGCUGUCUCUGUGAGGAGGACGAGCCGACGACUCGGCAACAAGCAUGCUGUCAACAGAGUUGAGUCCGGAAGAGCUGGCUGCUUCUCUCCUAAAGUUGGGAAAAAAGAAGCGGCGCGCAAAUCUCUGCGCUUGCGUUUUAGCCUGGGGAAGAGCAGCAAGGAGGCUGGAUCUGAGUCCAUUGGCUGGCGGCUUGCCACUCAGGAGAGCACCACCAGUUUUCGUUUCACCAAAGAGACAGAGUUCAGUCCAUCUGUUCUGCCUAGAAAAGCGGAAUCCAAAAGCUCCAAGUACAUCAGUAAGUCUGAAGACAACCUACUGACCCCCCAAUGUGACUCAAGUGCCCACCAGACCUCGUGGAGCGGGGAGACUCCUGACGGAGCGCAGGCUUUCAGCAGAGGAGCUUUCACCGACACCCCCAUGAACAUGUGCCUAAAGAGCAACUACAUGUCUCAGCCGACCAUCGUCGUAUCAAAGCCCCCGGCUGUGGCCGGCUUUCCAAAGAAGCUGUGUUGUGCUUCCAGCGCUGAGAGCCUCGAGAGCGACAGCUCCAUCACUGGAGCCCAGAGCCAAACUGCUCCCACCCUGUUGAAAAUAAAGAAGGCCUUCACGCAGUCGGGCAGUGACCUCCAGGACCUCUGCAACUCUACCGGGACACAACCAGCAGACAGCCCACUCCCUCCACCUGAGACUCCCUCAGUCAAAGUUCUGUCUGUGGCCACGGGGGCCCCCAGCUUCCCAGCUCGGCAGAGCCUUCUGGCUAGUGAACAGAACAUUACCUUUGGCCAGAUUGAAAUUGCCGCUUUAUCGCCUUUGCAUAUUGACAGUGUAAUCUUUGAGUCUGGUGUGUACUUUACUCCAGCAGGACAGGCUGAUAAAGGUUCUUUCUGCGCUGCUCCCAUUAGUAGCCACAACAGCUCCAUGGUGGGAGAAAGUGAUACGGAGGCAGAGCAGGUGAACUGCAGCCGGUUGAUUGACGCUCUGGACAUCCAGAGUCCUGCUCUCUUCAAACUGUGCGUCUCCUCCGGGCUGCAGUCCACUCCGUACAGGCUGGGCCUUGAAAUCAGAGAUGAGUUCCGUACGCCGCCUAAGAUCGGUACGCUAGUCCGAGCGCUACACGGCGAAAACGAAUCUUCCCCAGAGAGUGGUGCCCAAAUCCAAAACCACCAACCCCUCUCGCCAAGCAGCCUGGAGACCGAAAAGCGGCGGGUGGCUGACCACAUUCAUCACUUCAACAAGCUCACCCUUCACUCUCCCAAGGGCGCCCUGGCCAAACACGUCAGAUCGCCGCUCAAGUUCCAGCGAACCCCCGUGCGUCAGACUGUCCGCAGGAUAAACUCUGUCCUGGGAGAGAGCAGGAGGCCCACGAGAAAGGCAGAACUCGGCUUCAGCCAGAGCGGCCCGUUGGGGAAAGCAGUGAGUCUGGAGAGCGGCCUCUCCCCCCUUCCUCAGCUCCAGCCUUUCCAUGGACACAAACAAGCGGGACUGUCCAACAGCAUGUAUCCCAUAAAGAGACCACCUCCAGUCCCACCCAAAAAGCAGAGCACCUUGGCGCGUAAAGCGAAGACGUGCGCUCUGGCUGACAUGACCAACAAGGUCCAGCCAAAAACCAAAGUGGACAGCUUUGUCCGUGAUCCAUCAGGAGUUCAGAAGCCUCUCGUGCAGCAGGUCGUAGAGAAGGACAGGAGCCAUUACAGAGGAUCCCCCAGAAACCCCCUCAACCUAUUACGACUGAUGUCUGCCACCAAGCCUGUUGAUUUAUAGUUUAAAACCUUUUUUUUUGCCUCUUUUUGUUUGGCCUCCUCCUCACUGUGCAGGUCUCUGUCUGCUUGGACUAAAUGACGUUAAACUUUCCCUCCUAAUAUCCAUAUUUUCAGGGGUUUUAAUUUAUCUUUUGAGCUACAGUAGUUGCUGUUUGUUUUGGGUUAGGGUCUUAAUGGGAGAAUGUUCAUAUGCCUUAUGUUUGUUUUACUCUAGUAAAACAAGUUUAGGAGUUAAAUAUUGACACAUCAGCCUACAGGAUUGUUGUGUAGUGUUUUAGACUGUAGUGUGUGUGCAAGGCAGAUUAUGUGAAAUGUGAUUGAUGGUAUGACUGGAAAUGUUUUAGAUCAAGUCUUAUGCUUUUAUUUAUGCAUUUUAUAUCUAAUCCUUAGUUAGAUUUCUUAAAAAAACAAAACUGUUUACUGAAGUUGAAGUUGUUGUUUUUUUAUUACGGAAUAUGUUCAUACUGUCUCGACAUGAAGAGAAGGAAGAAGAAGAAGAAAAAAGCACCUUUUUUGUGGGAUUUUAUGACUAAAACAAAAAGCCAAGCAGUAUUGAUCAGUCUGUGUAUUGCAGUCCAUUAAUUUCUAAACCAACAACCAGUCAAAUGCUUUGCCAUGUGAACUGCUUAAGACAAAUAAAUGAAUCGGCAUAUACCUUU